AUGGUCCUGACGACCACGAUGGAGGACGUGGACAACGACGUCGCCAUGGAUGUGGACAUCCAGGACGAUCCCCACACACUCGUCUUUGAGGAUUUCGGCCAUCCCUCUGCAGGCUUUCAGAACAGCACAACUUCAGAUGACGCUGAUGAAGAUGAUGCAUUGGAUACGCCGCUGGACUCGAGUGAUCCGGAGUUCACAGCUCUUGAACGGCGGCAACGACCCACAGGGUGUUGCUACGACGACAGGAUGAAGCUGCACGCAAAUGCUGACUUCGGCCCAAAACCGCAUCAUCCGGAGGACCCCGCGCGCAUCGAGGCCAUCAUGAUGAGAUUCAAGAAGGCAGGCCUGAUCUUCAUGGGAAGCGACUCUGACUAUGUCGAAGUCCUACGGACUAAUCCCACAAAGUACAUGUGGAGAAUCCCGGCGCGGGAAGCUCUGGAGUCAGAAAUAUGCAAUGUGCAUCUCCCGGGGCAUUACUCCUGGGUUCGCAGCCUGUCUCACAAGACCACGGAGGAACUCCGGCAGAUUACCAAGAUGAUGGAUGUCGGAAGGGAGUCUAUUUACGUCGGCAGCAUGACUUUUGAGGCCUCCCUUAUUUCUGCCGGUGGCGCCAUCGAGACAUGCAAGAGUGUGGUUGCGGGCACCGUCAAAAACGCAUUCGCGAUCAUUCGCCCGCCUGGACAUCACGCAGAGUACGACAUGCCCAUGGGAUUUUGUAUGUUCAACAACGUGCCCAUCGCCGCGCGAUGCUGCCAGAUCGAGUACCCAGAUACCUGCCGCAAAAUUCUGAUCCUCGACUGGGAUGUUCACCAUGGCAACGGCAUUCAGAACAUAUUCUAUGACAACCCGAAUGUGCUGUAUAUUUCCCUCCACGUCUACCAGAACGGCCAGUUCUAUCCUGGAGCCCCUGAUAACGAUAAUAUCGCGGAUGGCGGGCUAGACAAGUGUGGCGCAGACGCAGGCAUAGGGAAGAAUGUCAAUAUUGGCUGGCACGAUCAGGGUAUGGGCGAUGGCGAGUACUUGGCGGCUUUCCAAAAGAUCGUCAUGCCCAUUGCACAGGAAUUCGACCCUGACCUGGUGAUCAUUUCCGCCGGCUUCGACGCCGCAGACGGUGAUGAGCUGGGCGGCUGCUUCGUCACGCCACAAUGCUACGCCCACAUGACGCACAUGCUCAUGUCUCUUGCCGACGGGAAGUUGGCGGUCUGUCUCGAGGGUGGCUAUAACCUGCGCGCCAUAUCCGACUCUGCUCUGGCCGUGGCGAGAACCCUAAUGGGCGAGCCUCCGCCAAGGAUUAGUCUUCCCAAGAUCAGCAAGGAGGCCGCGAAAGUCUUAUCUUACGUCCAGGCAUAUCAGGCUCCGUAUUGGGAAUGCAUGCGCCGCAGCAUCAUGAGCGUUCCCGACAUCGUGCACAACGACGGGAAGAGGCUGAACGAGGUUCUCAGAGGCUACCAGCGCCAGAAUCUUUCGCAGAAUCAUGGCAUGUGCCCGCUAUAUAUCCAACGAGACGCUCUCUUUAGGUCAUACGAGAAUCAGGUGUUAGUGACGCCGGAAAUCGAUGCGGCAACGCGCAUCCUUGUCAUCAUCCACGACCCGCCUGAGGUAAUGGCGCAGCCUGACCCCUUGAGCAAGACGCUGGAGCCUGGAAAUGCUUGGGUGGUCGACGGCGUCACGCAAUAUGUCGACUGGGCAGUGUCAAAUGAUUUUGGAGUCAUGGACAUCAACGUACCCCGGAAUCCGACGGGCAACAUGCCUUACACGCCCGAUGUGGAGGAGAAACAACUUGAGGCAGAGAUCAAGGAGCUAAUCUGCUACCUCUGGGAUAAUUACAUACAGUUGUACGAGCGCGCUGGUGAGGUCUUCAUCAUGGGGGUCGGGUAUGCUUAUCUUGGAGUCAAGAUGCUCCUUCUAAAUAGAGACUGCAAGGCGAAGGUUACCGGUGUGGUCAACUUCGUCACUGGCUCCCUGCGACCUGUCCGAUCGGACACAGACGAACGCCUGUCGGCUUGGUAUAAGGAGAAGUCAAGGGUGUACGUGUCUAAGGAACACUCAUGCUGGACGGAUCCCAAGAUGCACAACAAGGUUAGGAAGAAGCGCUUCGGCACCGUUCUCCACAGUCCUGCUGCCUCACUCAAUGGCAUGAUGAAGGAACACGCCAAGGAGGUGCAGGAUUGGAUCGCGGCCCAACUCUCCGAGGUUCAGCAUGCGGGGCCUGCAGGAGAUAGCACGGAGGACGAGAUCAACAAGCUGGCUUAG